UACCACCUAAACGGCUGGGCCCCCUCCGACCCCCUCUGGCUCGACCACGCCGCAUCCACCCAGCAAUACCUGCAAGCCUACCAAGCCCUCGCCCGCGAGCUGCACAUCUGCAUCGUCCCCGGCACGAUCGUCGAACGGCACGAGCCGCAGCCCGCAACGACGACGACGUCGACCACCACCACCACCACCAGCAGCAUCACCGAAAGCCCCAACCCCACCGCUGCAAGCAAAAAGGACGCCCUCCUCUACAACACCGCGUACUUCAUCUCCCACGACGGCCGCAUCCUGGGCCACUACCGCAAGAAGAACAUCUGGCACCCGGAGCGCGAGUACCUGACGUCAUCCGGCGAAGAGCCGCACGAGGUGUUCGACACGCCGCUGGGAAAGGUGGGGCUGCUGAUCUGUUGGGAUCUGGCAUUCCCGGAGGCGUUUCGCGAGUUAAUUUCCAAGGGGGCGGAGGUGGUGGUUUUGCCGACUUUUUGGAGUCGCUACGAUGCCUCGCCCGCGAUGCUGAAACAUAACCCGGAGUCGGAGAAGUUGUUCCUCGAGACGACCCUCACGGCGCGGUGCUUUGAAAAUACCUGCGGGAUCAUCUUUGCCAAUGUCGCGCGGGGCCAGGACCCGGAGGACAAGUUCAUGGGCCUCUCGCGGGUGGUGUUGCCGGUGGUGGGAUCGGUGGGGCAGAUGGGCGACGAGGAAGGGGUGCUGGUGGUGGAUAUGGAUUUGGGGUUAGUGAGGAUCGCGGAGGAGAAUUACAAGGUCCGCGAGGAUAUGGAGAGGGAGGGCUGGCAUUAUACCUAUAGACAUUCUUCGAGUGCGUAGACCGUCUGUUUUUAGAGGAUCAAAAUUGAUGGUUGAGGUGGAUCGAAAGCUGAUUCAAACUUGUGUACGUUGUUGGAUU